CGUCGUCUCCCUGUACGAGGUCUAGCUCUCCACCUCUCUCCGCACAAGCCACUCAGGCCGUCGUCGUCCUCCCUAAACAGGGCCCACCAGCGAUGCCUCAACCUCAACAGCCGCUUCACAUCUCGCGGCAGAUCUUUCCACGCUUAAUACCCUCGUGCGCCGCGCCGCUCGCCGUCCUCGCUCUGGUCCUUGUCCCGUGCUCCUGGUAGAGGCUAGAGCGGGAGCAGCAGCUCGUACGGAUCCCAUGUCGGGGGCAGUCGCUUCCUCGUCCUCGGCUUUCCUCAUCGUCGUCGCCUCCUCCUCGCCGCAACGCAGGCGGAGCAGAGUGGGCGCUGCUCUGCGCUCGUACGGGGGCGCGGCCGGGCUGCGGUUGCAUUACUGCGCGCGGCGGGGCCCGUCUCGGGAUGGAGCGGUGAUGGCGUGCGCCGCGGCGGUUGGGGGCUAUGAGGACGCAACGAAGUCAGCGGCUGCAGGGGAGAGCUCCAAGUCGAAGGGGGUCGCCGUGCUGGGCGGCAAGGCCAAGACUGCAGAAACCGAAACCAAGCCUGUGACAUCAGCGCCGCCGAAGCAACGUCGCAGCGCUGCAAAGGAAAAUGGGACGCUCGGGGGCAUCAGCGCUAGCAAACCUGCCGCACUGGUGUCAGAACCCAAAGUCGAGCCGUCAGCUCCUGUCUCUACGGCUGAAACCGAUGGCAAUGGGAAGCCGCAGGUUGCGGGAUCGAAGCCCGUAUUGGAUGACAAGGAAGAUGUUGGUGUCGCUGAACCAGUGGAAGCUAAAGCUGAUGCCGCUGCCAUGACAGAUGCGGCGAGUUCUGCUGAUGAUAGUGAGAGCAAGGACUCUGGCCCUUUGGCUGGGCCGAAUGUGAUGAAUGUCAUAGUGGUGGCUUCUGAAUGUUCUCCUUUCUGCAAAACAGGUGGUCUUGGAGAUGUUGUGGGUGCUUUGCCCAAGGCUUUGGCUAGAAGAGGACAUCGUGUUAUGGUCGUGAUACCAAGGUAUGGAGAGUACGCAGAAGCCCGGAAUCUAGGUGUCCACAGACGUUACAGGGUAGCUGGACAGGAUUCAGAAGUGACUUAUUUCCACUCUUACAUUGAUGGAGUUGAUUUUGUGUUCAUAGAAGCCCCUCCCUUCCGGCACCGGCACAAUGAUAUUUAUGGCGGACAAAGAAUGGAUGUCUUGAAGCGUAUGAUUUUGUUCUGCAAGGCUGCUGUUGAGGUUCCUUGGUACGCUCCAUGUGGUGGUACCAUCUAUGGUGAUGGCAAUUUAGUUUUCAUUGCUAAUGAUUGGCAUACUGCACUUCUACCCGUUUAUCUAAAGGCCUACUACCGAGACAAUGGUUUGAUGCAGUAUGCUCGAUCUGUUCUUGUGAUACACAACAUUGCUCAUCAGGGUCGUGGCCCUGUAGAUGACUUCUUAAAUCUUGACUUGCCUGAACACUACAUCGACCACUUCAGACUGCACGACCCUGUUGGUGGCGAUCACAGCAACGUUUUUGCUGCCGGGCUGAAGAUGGCAGACCGGGUGAUCACCGUCAGCCAUGGCUACCUGUGGGAGCUGAAAACGUCGGAAGGUGGCUGGGGACUCCACGACAUAAUAAACCAGAACGACUGGAAGAUGCACGGCAUCGUGAACGGCAUUGACAUGGGCGAAUGGAACCCCGCGGUCGACGUGCACCUGCAUUCCGACGACUACACCAACUACACAUUCGAGACGCUUGACACCGGCAAGCGGCAGUGCAAGGCCGCCCUGCAGCGGCAGCUGCGCCUGCAGGUCCGCGACGAUGUGCCGAUCAUCGGGUUCAUCGGGCGACUGGACCACCAGAAGGGCGUGGACAUCAUCGCCGACGCGUUGCCGUGGAUCGCCGGGCAGGAUGUGCAGCUGGUGAUGCUGGGCACGGGGCGUCCUGACCUGGAGGACAUGCUGCGGCGGUUCGAAGCGGAGCACAACGACAAGGUGCGCGCGUGCGUGAGGUUCUCGGUGCCGAUGGCACAUCGCAUCACGGCGGGCGCAGACAUCCUCCUGAUGCCGUCGCGGUUCGAGCCGUGCGGCCUGAACCAGCUCUACGCCAUGGCGUACGGCACCGUGCCCGUGGUGCACGCCGUGGGCGGGCUCCGCGACACGGUGGCGCCAUUCGACCCGUUCGGCGACACCGGGCUCGGGUGGACGUUCGAUCGCGCGGAGGCAAACCGGAUGAUCGACGCGCUCGGGCACUGCCUCAACACGUUCCGGAACUACAAGGAGAGCUGGAGGAGCCUGCAGGCGGGCGGCAUGUCGCAAGACCGCAGCUGGGACCACGCCGCGGAGCUGUAUGAGGACGUCCUCGUCAAGGCCAAGUACCAGUGGUGAGUAAGUUAAUUGGUGUCGCCGACGCCACUCCUGCCGUGGACCGGGACACGCGGCUCUUCCCCGGCUCGGUGCGUCGGACGAUGGUGGUUGGCGCGCCGGAGGAAUGUAUGCCACCGGGUGGUACGACACGGCGGUGUGUAAAAUAAGCGAGCCUGUGGUGGUGCCCUGCUUUGGGUUCAUGGUCUGAAUCGCUUUGGUCUGGUGCGACGAUGAAAAUUAUUAGUACCGAGUUCGAGGUGAGUCACGUGCAUUAUGCCCAAAAUAGGGAGAAGUUGUGGGAUUGCAGAGCUUGUACAUUGCCAAUUUUCUGAUCUAGCUUUUGAUUUGUGAAA